ACAAAUUGAUAAAACUCGAAAAAUGAAUCAUUUUCCUGAAACCCCGAUAAGAUAUGUCAAUACAUAUCAAUAUACAUCCGCUACUUAGCACAUAUUUUUUCCCAAUCAUUUUAUAAGAAUAAUAGGCCUGCAACAAUGUCUUCGGAAAAUACAUCAAAACAAACAGGAUUCCCCAGUAGUCAAGAGUCAAUAGAUAUACAGUCUUCUGCCGAAAAUUGGGAGUACACAUUGCAUGAUGUGGACCACGUCCAACAGCGGCACAACUGGGACUGCGGUGUCGCGUGUGUGAUGAUGCUGCUCUCUCCUCAGCAGCGGGAGGAAUUCGAGGCAAAUUUCUACAACAUAUGUGCGGAGGAAGGUUUCCAUCAGUCCACUUGGACAGUCGACCUCUGCUAUUUGCUGAAAAGGUUUGACAUCAAACAUACAAUGUAUUCGACAAUGCUCGGUGUGAAUGAGGAAUACAAGAAGUACAGUUACUACGACAAUAUCUUUGAUUUGGAUCGCGAGCGCGUGGAGCGCCGCUUCGCCGAGGCGGGCUCGCGCGGCAUCCGCGUGAGGCAGGGCGCCGUGUCGUCGGCGCGCCUGCUGCUGCACCUGCGGCGGCACGGGCCCGCCAUCGCGCUGGUCGACGCCGGCUACCUGGCCUGCGACCUGUGCAAGCGGAACAAGAUCAAGGCGGAGCUCAAGAGGCAGUUCGGCGGCGGCUACGCGGGCCACUACGUGCUGGCGGUGGGCGUGCGCGGCUCGCGCGUGCUGUUCCGCGACCCGGCGCUGAGCGCGCGCCUGUGCGCGGCGUCGGCGCAGGCGCUGCAGCGCGCGCGCGCCGCGCCCGGCACCGACCUGGACGUCGUGCUGGUGCACCAAGGGCCCGGGCGCGAGCUGGCCGCGCUCAGGGCGCCGGCCACGGGCGGCGGCGGCCGGCAGGGGCGCCGCGGCGGCUGCGUCGUCCAGUGA